CUUCUGUUGUCCCACAGUAAAGCUAUUGCAGUCAUGACCUGUCAGGGAUGUUCCAGAAUGGCAGCUUAUUAACCAGUUUUGCAGAAGAACGCCUGUAGACCACCACAAACACAGGAGAGAAGGGGAUCUGACCUGUGCAUGAGUUACAGCCGCCACUCAAUACACCAAUCACUCCUCAGAUUUCACCUGAACAUCGCAGGAUGGCGGAGGCCGUCGCAAAAGUCGCCAGGAGAGUAAACGACACCAUGGAGGACGGCAGAGACUCGUUAGAUUUGUCUGACUGCGGCCUUGUUAGUUUCCCAGACGGCGUCUUUAAAAUGCUGCGUAGUUGCACAGAAAACAUCCACAAAAUCUCCCUCGCCAACAACCAGCUUAAAUCCUUGAGCCACAAGUUCUUCCGCACUUUUACACAGUUAACAGAGUUGGAUCUGCAGGGUAACGUCCUCACCACGCUGCCAGAGGCGGUUGGUGAAAUGCAGCACUUGAUCAGAAUCAACCUCUCCAAAAACAGGCUGUCGGUUUUCCCUGAUCGACUGAUGGACGUGAGCAGCCUCGAGGACAUCAGCGUCGAAGGGAACCAGAUCACAGAAUUACCGAUGGAUAAGUUGUCGGUCAUGCCUGCCCUGAAGAGUUUGGAUGUGAGGAGUAAUCCAUUGACGGUAGAGGCCGCGUCUGUCCCACAUCAGUUCAAUCUCCUGACAUGAGCACGUCGCACUGAGACAUGAAGACAACAACACUUUCCCCUCUCUCUCUCUCUAUGCCGUGCCUUAUUUUUCAAUAAAAUAUUUAUUA